CAUCCGCCUAGACUUCCAUGCUCUCUCUCUCUCUCUCUUUCUCUCUCUCGCUAACCCUCUCUUCGAACUUGCAUUUCUUGGGAGCUUGAAGCAGAGGCGAGCCAGAAUAUCUGCUGAAUCUCCCGCAGCUCUUCCGCCUUAUUAUAAUCCUUCCGCUCCGACAAAUACAAGAACCGAGACAAGAGUCGGAAAAAGAAGAAGCGAAAAGCAUCCGGAAAAGUAAAGAUUCAAAGGCCCACACUUCGCCCAUUAUUGAGAAGAGAAAAGGAGAAAAGCUCCCCACUUUAUCUUCCUACUCUUCUUCCUCCUCCUCUGCUUUCUUCCUUCAAUUUCCCGAGUAGGCUCCCCCACCUUUCCCCUCCUUUCCCGCACACAAAAACCCCUCUCUCUCUCUCUCUCUCUCUCUCAAGUCAAAGCGGUAAUCAUUUCGUCUUCAUCACCCGGAAGAAAAAGAGAGAGAGAGAGAGAACAUCACUUUCCCACUCGCCUCUCCACGACAAACCCAAUUCCCCUUCGCUCGAACGCGGAUAAAAAAUGCCACUUCGGCUUCUUCUUCUCGCGCUGCUCGUCGCUUUCUGUUCCUGCGCUCUUCUCCUCCGCCCGUCCCUCGCCGGCAUCAUCGCCGAGCCCGUCGGGGGCGGCCACGACCAGCCCUACACCGUCCCGGCCUUCCCCGUGGACUCGGCGGGCCAAAUCUGCAAGCUCGACCUCUCCGCCGAGCUCUUCGGCGGCGUCAGCGAGGCCUGCGGCCGUAACCUCGACCGUAGCCGGUGCUGCCCCGUGCUGGCCGCUUGGCUCUUCGCCGCCCACGCCAGGUACGCCCUGCAGGUGGCUCCGGCGGCGGCGCCGUCGUCGGGGGAGGAGCUGCCGAUGAUCCCGGACGACUCGCAGAAGUGCGUGAACUCGCUACAGUCGGCGCUGGUGAGCAAGAACGUGCACCUCCCGCAGCCGAACGCGAGCUGCGACGCCGUCCUGUGCUUCUGCGGCAUCAGGGUCCACCAGAUCAGCUCGCUGAGCUGCCCGGCGGCGUUCAACGUCUCCUCCGCGUCCCGGAACGUGACGCCGACCGCCGCGGUGAGGAACCUCGAGAAGAGCUGCCGGAACUCCUCGUACGCCGGUUGCACCAAGUGCCUCGGCGCCCUUCAAAAGCUGAAGGGAGGAUACAAGAACGGGACGGGAGGGGGAGGCUCGUCGAGCGACCGGACGAGCAGGAUGCUAGACCGGGACUGCCAGCUGAUGGGCCUGACGUGGCUCCUGGCGCGCAACAAGACGGCGUACAUCCCCACCGUCUCCGCCGCGCUGCGGGCCAUCAUGUACAGCUGGCACCCGCCGGAGGGCGCCAAGUGCAGCCCGGACCAGGAGAACAUGCCGCUGGCCGUCGACUCCCUGCAGUUCGAGAGGGCCCAGUCCUCGUCGGCGCCGUCCCUCGCUUGGUUCCCGAUCUUGCCCUCCAUCAUGUGGUUUUGUUUGUUUAUCUAGGAGCCUGCCCCUCUCUCUCUCUCUCAGUGUCGGGUCACGUGGUGAUGUUUAGGGCUUAGGGAGGAUACGAGGCGGCUUGUUAUUGGGUAAAAUUUUUGGUCAAUCUCUCCAUUUUUCUUUCUGACCCACUCCUGUAAAUUACAGUUUGUAGUCAGUAAUCUCGGGCCUCUGCUCAAAUUCAAGACAAUCAUCUCUCUGCA